UGCAUUUCACACUGUAACGGAGGAAAACAAAAUUAAACAAUGAUAAUUAAUAAAUAAUUAACUAAUCAGACCCCUAUAAAACAUUGCGGUUGCUGAAAGCUGGUUUUUGCUCAGUCUGAGUUCAUUGCGUUCAUGUCUGAGAUGGAAAUAUCCAUGUCGCUCUUCACACAUCCUACAUUCAUUGUUUUCUUAGCAAUCAUUCUCUAUGUUUUGCAUGUGCUUUUUUCGAGAUUACGGCGAGUCUAUGAAUUUUCCUACCAAGGCCCGCCGAGGUAUCCCGUCAUCGGGUGCUUCAUUUCCUUCUACAACAACCGCAACCGCCUCCUGGACUGGUACACCGACCUCCUUGCAAAAUCAACCACCAACACCAUCGUUGUGGACCGCUUCGGCGCACGGCGGACAGUAGUCACGGCCAACCCGGAAAAUGUCGAGUACAUGCUCAAAACCAACUUCAACAACUUCCCAAAAGGCAAACCCUUCACCGAAAUUCUUGGGGACUUUUUGGGAUGUGGUAUAUUCAAUGUGGAUGGCGAGGUUUGGCGCACCCAGCGCAAGUUAGCAAGUCAUGAGUUCGGCACCAAGUUUCUGCGUGAAUGCAUGACGAAGACAUUGGAGGAAGAAGUGGAAAAGAGUCUAUUGCCACUGAUGGAGUCGCUGGCGGAGACGGCGCAAGUGGUGGACUUGCAGGAGUUGCUAAGGAGAUUCACUUUCAAUGUGAUUUGUAAGGUGUUUUUGGGAGUUGAGCGGUGCUGCUUGGAUCCCUCUCUGCCACAUCCGCCGCUUGCAAGGGCUUUUGACACGGCGUCGGAGAUUUGCGCAAGGCGCGGAGCAGCUCCCAUGUUCAUAAUUUGGAAGAUUAAGAGGUGGCUUGGAGUCGGUUCGGAGCAAAAACUUAGAGCUGCGGUUGAAGAAGUUCAUGCCUAUGUAAUGGAUAUAAUCGAGAGGAGGAAGAGCGAGCUUGAAGCAGCUGAGACGGAUAGUGGAGCUCGCAAAGACCUCCUAACGCGGCUAAUAACGGCGGGGCACGAGGAGGAGGUGACGAGGGACAUGGUGAUAAGCUUUAUCAUGGCGGGGCGGGACACAACUUCAGCGGCAAUGACAUGGCUCUUCUGGUUGCUUUCCCGCCAACCAGGUGUGGAGGAAGAUGUGGUGAAGGAGAUUGGAUCCGCCGGAGAAAAGAUGUCGGAUUUCGAGUUGUUGGAGUUGAGCUUGUUGAAGGCAUGCCUUUACGAGUCCAUGAGGCUUUAUCCGCCUGUUGCUUGGGACUCGAAGCAUGCCGUAGUUGACGACUCGUUGCCUGACGGGACUCGAGUUCGGGCCGGAGAUAGAGUGACGUAUUUUCCCUAUGGGAUGGGUAGAAUGGAAGCACUGUGGGGGAAGGACCGGUUGGAAUUCAAGCCGGACCGGUGGUUUCUUGAACCGGACAAGGAGAGAUCAGCUCUGAAAAAGGUAUGUCCCUACAGGUUGCCUAUUUUCCAGGCAGGUCCAAGGGUUUGUUUGGGGAAGGACAUGGCUUUUAUUCAGAUGAAAUAUGUGGUGGCUUCGAUUCUCAGACGGUUCGAGAUCCGACCGGUUGAUUCCGGUGAGCCGGUUUUCGUGCCGCGGCUGACGGCUCACAUGGCCGGCGGGUUGAAAGUUCUAAUCCGCAAGAGAAGUGAUGACCCAGAUAAAACCUAGAAUAUAUUCAUUUAAAUUAGUAGGAGUCAAUGGUUUUUAAUAUUUAAGGUUUGUUGGACAGUGUAACAUGCCAUUAUGCCUCAAAUGUAGCACAAGGAUAUUAUUUAUGUACAUAAAGCAUAUGUAUAAACUCUAUAAUUUUACCA